AUGGAGCCCGAAGCGAACGGCGAUAAAGAGUCUAAAAUACUGUUGGCUCUGAAAACCAAAUAUGAAUACCUGCCUACCUCUACUGGCACUAAGUCCAGUGGAUCCACCGCAAGGCCUUCUCCAUACGCAUAUUCUCCCCGAAGAUUAUCACGGAUCAUCAAGAAGGAGGAGCAUAGUGUUACAGUCCAGGAGUCAUUAGAGGAGGAGUUGGUGGAGCAAGAAAUGGCCGUGGCUGGCCCUUCGAAGAGUUCCCCAUCGCCCAAGAAGAAACGACGACAGGGCAAACGAGGCUACGCUCCACCGGAAACGUACGCUCAUCUUUCGAACCUCACCGACUGCUUGAAGUUCGAGCUUGAUGUCGUGUUUUGCGGUAUCAAUCCUGGAAGGCUAUCUGCUCAAGUUGGGCACCAUUUCGCAAACCCGAACAAUCAUUUUUGGAAGGCCUUGGCUGCUUCAGGAUUUACGUCGAAGAGAAUCCCCCCUCACGAGGAUAUGACAUUGCCUGAUCUUUUCAACAUCGGUCUUACAGACCUAGUGGAGCGGCCGACAUCUGGCGAAAGCGAACUCUCAGCGGCCGAAAAAGCGGCGUCAGUCUUAUCGCUAUUAUCAAAGAUAGCACACUUCAGGCCCCGCAUCGUUGCUUUCGUAGGUUUAGGGAUCGCCAAAGUAGUGGAACUCGGAGCCCUCAAGCUCAACAAUUCAAUGCCUUCGAACAAAGGGUUCAAGCUGGCGCCUGGAUUGCAAAGCUUCAAGCUCGUGUACGCGGAUACGCAGGGUUGGCAGGUUGGCGAGACGUUGUUCUAUGCAAUGCCUAGCUCUUCAGGAGCUGUGAGCCAGUAUCAACUCACUGACAAAGUCAAGAUCAUGGAGGACGUACGGGACGUGUUGGAGAAAGUCAAGGCACGAACACUCGAUACAAGCAGCAAGAAUUCGAUUACACCGAAGCAACUACCUGACUUCACCCCCUUGCUGUAA